UAGAAAUUAUGUCUGAAGACACUGAUCUGGACGGAGUUGGAUUCUUCAACUGUAUCGGAAUACUCAUAACUCUAAUUGUCGGUUUUGCAUUCAUUUUUGUGCUUGCGCGAACGCUUAUGUUUAUUAGAAAGAUCAUCUUCAAAUUAAGAAUCAUAAUGAAGAAUAGCUACAUCAACGAAAAAGCAUGUCUAGGAUUGCCUAUUAGUACAAAUAAUAGAGCUGAAGAAUAUACUCAAAGGAGAGAUGUAUUCAGAAAAGAAAUUAUCAGAAGUUGGAAUCUAAGAUUCACGAAUGUAUUUAAAUAUGUUCUUGACAGGUACAACCAUCUUGUCUAUAUCAUAUUCUGUCGCACCAGGACUAAGAUUGAUAAACUAAAUCUUCUGAAACCCCAGUUCUCAUUCUAUCUGAUGAUCUGGUUCCUUCCGUUUUUUGUAAUGUGGACAUUGGCCAUAUUUAUAGUUGGCACUGAUCUCACAAUUCAGGCAGGAACUGCAUUGGGACUUUCCAUUGUCGCUGGUUUCUUUGGUAGUCUUAUCAGUGUUGUGCUAACUUUUUGGCUUCAUUAUUUCUGGAAUAAAAAUAUUUGGGCUGCCUUCGAAAGAGGAUCAGAGGAAAAGAUCCAAGCUAUUGAGGAACUUGAUCCGAAUAUUGCCGUAGAAAUGCCAGCUAUUAAUAACGAAGAGGAUGACAACCAAUCGAUAACCACAAAUGUGACAAGAAUUUUUAAUUACAGGCUAACUUCAAGAAAUGCAUUCUUAGGUGAAGAAGCGAAAGCUCAAAGAAAUAGGAUGAGACGUAUCCAAAACACAUUGUUAGUCCCUGAAUCACAAGCGAAUACUGAGGAACAAUUUAGGGCUACUUUCAUGACUAAUUUUACCAGAAGAACUUUAGUAACAAACACAAGAACUGAAGAUGAAGAGAAUAAAUUGCAGAGAAGCCCCCAAAACAUGGACACCAGACUGCAAUCAAGUCCCGAGCAUGAGGAGGAAAAAUCUGAAGCUCAGACAAUGGCUCAAGAUGAGCCUUUAGCAUGCUAUAAAUUGAUUAGAGAUAGAGAGACUCUAGGUGAUGUUAGACUUAUUCAGCAAGAAUCUGAAUCAAUACGAAAUAUUCAAAACAUAUUCUUUUUCCUACUACUAAUAAUCACACUUUGUGUAUGAGUUGGGAUUGCUUCAUAUACCAGUUUUGUGAUGUCGAAUGAAGCUGCUCUCAUGGGAUUCAUAAUCUUUGUCUUUGGAAUAAUACUGGACAUGCUAAUCUUCCGUCUAUUCUUCUGUUUCCUAAUGACGUUAUUCUUGAAAUGCAUUGCCACCAAUAGAAAGUUGCAAGGAUCGAUUCAGCUCUCUGGAAAAACAUCGCAAAUGGUACAUAGAAUGCUGCAAGAUAUGAUGCUUGGGACAGUCGAAAAGAACAGAGUAAAAGAGCAUAAAGAGAAGAUUGCAAAAGUAAAACCUCUGAAAACAAAACCUAAAUUAGCUGAAAUAUUCCUAAAACGCAAACUAGCUGAGAUUAGGAAAAAUAAAGGAGAGAAAGAAGGCAAAGAAGAUUCUGAAGACAAAGAGGAAGACCAAGAGAUUAAUAUCCAUAAUCUUCAGAAAUUCGAUAUUUUUGAAGAAAAAGAAUAUGCGAGAUUGUCUUCUGAAGGAGCCUCCACUGGACGCAAAAUUGCUUACUCAGUACAUGAAGAUGAACAAGUUGAAAAAUCCGGUGGGGAGGAAGAGAAGAAAUCAACAUCAGGGAUUGUUGAAGAUAGUAAAAAGGAUUUUAGUAAUGGAGGCAUUAAUGAAGACGAGAAGCAAGAUAACCUAGAACAAAUAAACAAUUUAAGUAAGGAUGGAAGCGGUGAAGGAAGCAAAGAAGGAAGUAAAGAUGUUAGUGCUGAACAAAACUUGCUGAAUGAUGUGUCAAAUGAAAAAUCUUUGACUAUGAAGAGGCUAGUUGGAUAUUAUAAAGAUAAAGUAGAUCCAGAGCCAGAAACAUACAAUGAUUAUUGAUUUGAGGAGGAUGAAUUCUUCCCAUCUGUCCUCAAUGAAUGCAUAGAGUUGAAUCUUCUUCUCCUUGAAAAAAUUUACAACACUUUCAAGAGAAAAGCUGCAACAGUAGUGAAGAAUUUUAGAAAAGAUAACUUUCACCACUUGAAACCAAAAAUAAUAGAAGCUACCAAGCCUCCUCCAGAUGAACUUCUAAGAAAUAAAAAGAGGAAUGACCAGGUCAAUGAGUUAGAUGAUAUUCUGGAAGAAAACUCAAUACAUGAUGAAACCGCUUUGAUUGAUAAGAAUUCCCAAAUUGAAGAUACUUAUGAUGAAGAUAAGGACAUUGCAAGUGGCUCUGAAAUUCGAGGUAGUGAUCACGAUUUUGAAAAUGAAUUGAAUGAGAGGAUUGAUCGUAACGGCCUCAGGACGGCAUCGAGAGAAGGAAUGAACAGAGACGAAGAAGACGCUAGAAGGAAAGCUUUAUUAGCAAACCUCCACUCACAAGAAUCCAGCAAAAAUGAGUCAAGAAUAUCUUCAGCAAUUCCAGAAGAUGAUCAAAUUGCUUUCCAAGAUGCAAAUCUGGCUAAUAUAAAUAGCAAAGAUGGGAGCGAUAUGGAUAUAGUUGAUGAUCUCGAAGAACAGGAAAUGGUUUACUAUCCUAAAGAAGAUCAGACUCAGUAUUCUAAACCUCUUGGAUUAAACAAGGCUCCUAAGAAAAAGGAUCCCGAACCAUUCUCAUUUGGUGAAAAUUCUCUGAAGCCAUCAUAUGACCACUCAAAAUUACUAGAAGACCAGACACAGAAUGAGGUACUUUCAGAUUUCCUUGAUGAUCUUGAAGGUAUUGAUGAAGGCGAUGAAAGUAUAAAUCUAAUCCCUGGAGGUACUCAAGAUCCCAAUGAUCCUCAUGACCCACACGGCACUCUAGGGCCUCAUGGUCCUCACGGCACUACCGGACUUCUUGGAGAUGCAGAUGAUAUUCAUGGAAGAAAUGGAGGGGCUCAUGGAAGAACUGGAGAUAUUAAUGGAGGUAUCGGAGGUUUUGGAGGAAUUCUUGGAGAUCCAGGCAAAGGUAAAAAGAAAAAGCGUCAGAAAAAGAAGAAACUGACAGAAGAACAAAAGAGGAGACUUAGAAAGGUUGGAGAUAUCUAUGGCCAAAAUGCAGAAGAUUUGGGAUUAUCUCCAAGAGGAGGUAAAAAGAAAGGAGGAACUAAACAAGAAGAAAGAGCUACAAGAUUCAGAGGACUCAAUCUCAACAGGCCCGAGCGAAGUGAGGCUGGAGAAUACGAUAAGCUCAAAAGAAAACUGCAAAAAUUUAGAAAGAGAAAAGAUUUAUCAUUCUGGGUUGAUUAUGACUCACCUUAUGCUGAAUUCCUGCCCCACAGAUUCAGAGAGUGGGUUCCAGAAACAAAAACGGGAUUAAACUUAGAUGAAAAUCCCAAGAAUAUGCAUGCAAAUUAUAAAGCUAUGGAGCUUUCCAAAAUUUACUCUAAAGGACACGGAAUGGUGGAGGAAACAAAAGAGGAUGAAGAAUUUGAUCCCAUUACUGGAAACUAUCUCUCCCCUAACCGAGCUCCUAGCCAUAAUUUACGGCCGAAAUCAAACGCUUCGAUGAACGUUGAGAGUGUUGACGAAUUAUCAUCAAAAAAGAAGUCUAGGGGAAUGACUUCCUCUAAGAGGAAUAAAAGCUUGAACAAACUGCCAGUAGUUGAAAAUUCAGAAGAAAUAAUAGAUUUCUAG